GACUACGAGGUCGAGAACAGCGAUGAUGACGACUACGGAGCGGCGGACCUCAGAGUUGUUGAUACUUACAUCGGCAGCUACAACACGGGUGACGACGACAAGAGCUGGGGGGAGUGCCUUGAAUUCUUCAAGAUUAACCCCGAGCAGUACGCCCGGCAAGAGGCGACCAAGGCGUCUGAGCGCAAGCGUGUGCCAAUGAAGAAGUGGCCUGGAGUCAGCGUUGGGUACUUUGACUACCAGCUCAUUGGUAUUCUCAACCUGUUGAAGUUCGUUCUCAACGAUGUUCCAGGCGGCUUCCUGUGCGACGAGCAGGGCCUGGGCAAGAGCCAGCAGAUUCUCGGUCUGCUGACCCUUGCUCACAACCUCAGACGAAACAAGACUGAGGUGAAGGCUGAGCUCAGAAACCCUGGCCAGAAGAAGCUGCACAACUCGGCUGAUAGCGAUGCUCGGACUUGCUCCUCGGACGACAAGUUUGGCUUCAAGUGCUACUGCUACAACGACCUCACCAAGCAGCUUGCUGACCGUCUCCCUGAGGGACCUAACAUCAUCAUGGCCCCUCUGAAGAGCUGCGCUCAGGUUGUCCGCGAGGCUAAGUCCAAGCUCGACACAAAGACCUUCAAAAUUCGGUUCUUCCACGGGAGCGCCGAGCCGGCCGACAUUCUGACGCCUGGCGAGAUGCAGAGCAUUCGUGCCAACAAGCCUGUGCUGAGCGACUUCAUUAUCGUCUGCCCCUUCGACUCUGCUACUCGGUUGGCAAAGACCAUCUUUGGAGCUAACGCAACGAAGCCAGGCUUCUUCCCGGGGAUUGUGAUGCUUGACGAGUUCCACGAGUACAUUCAAUCCAGCGGCGACUCCGACUCUGAGCACACCCCCGUUGUUUCUUGGCUCAUGGAUGUCAAGGCCGGUGCCACCAGCAACCGGUCGCCGCUGGUCUACUUUGUGUCUGGCACCCCAUUCGGUGACAACACGAUCUCGGACCUGCGCCCUGCCAUCUCCCUCCUUGAGAAGGAGACCUGGAACGACCCGGCUCAUGUCUUGAACUGCGCUACUCUAGAGUCGUUCGACAGCCUCGCUGCUCGUUACAAUUCCCUCUCCACGUCGCAGAGCAACGGCGAGCUGGUUUCACCAGACGACGUUCUCGAGUUCCGCCGCUCCCUCAACCACAUUCUUCAGAAGAUGAUGGUGCGGCGCCUCGGCACGGAUGAGUUCAGGGGUCGGAAGCUCACAAACGUCGGCCCGCUCCGCGUCAAUAUCAUGGACCACCACGUUCCGGCUGCGCUCACUGAGGCCCUCCAGGCUUUGGCAAACCACACUUGGGAUCUUGCUAAGGAGCAGGCUGGAAAUGAUGGUCUCAACGUCGGCCAGCUGCUUCGCAGCCAGGGCGGUAAGGCCCUCAUGCUCAAGCUCCGCCUUGCUUCGAUCUUCCCCGGCAUUGCCGACUCGUCCGCUGACAACUUCAACUUUACAGCCGAGGAGGUGAGCCAGGAGAUCCGAGCCGCAGGGGGUAACGUGAGCAAGACCAAGUACUACAAGCACAUCCCCGAGUGGGCUGCCGGCAGCGCCAAGCUGGCCACGAUCAACAAGACGGUCCAGGAGAUGCUCAGCGACAAGACCAAGAUCGACGGCGAGGUGACAGUCAACAAGAAGCUCUGCCUCAUCUCGCCGCUCGACGCCGAGGCCACUCUGCUGUACGGCUACCUGCUGCUCAAGAAGGCCCAGGACAAGAACAUCCGCCCGGCAUGGAUCCACAGCGGCAUGACGCAGGCGGAGCGCCAAAAGACGCUCGACGACUUCCUACAGCUCGGCAACGCCCCGCCCAACAUCCUGGUUGCUACUACUGACCUCGCCGGCACGGGACUCAACCUGCAGAGGGCCAAGUACCUGACUGUCACCAGCCCGGCUUGGACCAAGCGCGAGAUCCAGCAGGCCUACUUCCGCAUCCACCGUGUUGGUCAGAAGCAGUCCACCAAGCUGCAGUUGCUGACUGCCAAGUGGAACCCUGCCGAGCGCUUGAUUCUUGCCAAGUACGAGGGCCGCAACGCCGACGGUCUUGAUGCUUACCUCGUCAGCAACGACGCUGCUAACAAGGAUGAUGGUGACGCUAGUCUAGUUGCUCGCCACCAGCAGACCGAGUCAAACCAGUCUGUUUAA